AUGAAAAAAAAAACAAGCAAAGUUUUGUUACAGGUCCAAAAAACAAGUAGAACCCAAAACAGAACAUUUUGUCUGUCAAAUUUCACAAUUACACUGGGAAUUGGAAAAUUGGUUGAAGCGGAAGUGUCACUCAGAAAAGUUUUUCCUAAGCAAUGCGAAUUUUUUGGCGUAGAUCCUUCUGUAGUUUAUAACAAAGCCUUAGUCGAAAGUUAUAAUGGUACUUUUUUUGAAGCAGCAAUUGGAGACAAAAGUGAGAUUAAAGAUGCUCUUAUUCGUACAGGUGAAUUUCCCAAGCAAUAA